AAAUUCACUAUCCAUAUAUCGACUCCCAUGCCGUACUUCAUUGCAGUUGACCUCGGCGACAUAGAACUACUCAACGAGAGUUCCGUAGAAGUCAACCUUUCAAAAUUGUCGGACAAGUCACACACCGUCGCCAAUGGCGAAUAUAUGUUGAAGCUCACGUUUACGGAGCUGAAGAAGAUGCGUCGCAUGAUGACAAGCUCCCCCCCAAAGGUUCGUCCGCAAGUUGAACAGGACCUCAAUGAGCUUCACACUAUGUACAACUGGCUGCGUACUCAAAGAGACGACCUGAAGACAAAGAAGUCUCCAAAGUUCUGGCAGGUCCUCGAAAAGUGCAGAAUGCACUUUGAAGUACGUGACUUCUGCGUGAGCGCACGAAAACUCUAUGUGACCACCUCUAGAAGGUCGAAGUAUCAUGCAGAUACUGAAAUAUUCGAGGUGCCUCGCAGCGACAUCGAACAUAUGGACCCAAGUGCUGGAAGGCCUCCAAAAGGGAGAAUAAUCGGAAUUGAGGUAGAUAGCUGUGGUAGUGAUCUGUCCUCGGACGACGAGGCAGUCCUUGACGAAACAGUAAACUUUCUUAGUUCGAGGACCACGGGCUUAGACGGGCCACAAAGCGAUACGGGUAGGAAUAGUGACGAUGGCGAAACGAGUCGCGCUUUCGACGCUUCGCGUCGCGGGACACCGUCAGUAGUCUCGGACUCCGAUCCGACCUCCCCCGAGUCGGCCUCUUCGGCUCAUUCGGUCGUCAAUAAUUAUGUCUACAUCUAUCAGACGAGUAGUACGACAAACUCAAGCACCGGCAACUGUAACGAUGUGAGUGGCGACGGGAAUGUCUCGGAUUGCACCUUUGGCAGUAGUCCACCUCCGGGAAGCCAUGACAGCUUUUAGGUCGGCAGCACAAGUAACAAAGGCAGCUCUUCUCUCGCUUCCCCUCCCCCCGCGGCACUUCCUACGGCAUCCCAAUGAAACGUUUCUGAUACUAUGAUAUGUUUACGUAGCCCUCUCCUACAGUCUGUAUAUAUCCCCUUCAUGUUACUCUGCG